CACAGCCAAUGGCUCCGGGGCGGGGGCGUAGCCCUGACUCCGACAGCUUUCACGACCCGGCCCCGGGGUUAUGGCCGGGAGUGGGCGGCUGGCGCUGGGGAAGCUGCCGGUACCCGGCUGGGUUCGGGGAUCGAGCCCGGCCGUACUGAGCCGCCUUCGGGACGAGGCCGUGGUGCGUCCGGGUUUCCUAAGCGCGGCCGAGGAGGAGACGCUGAGCUGUGAGCUGGAGCCCGAGCUGCGCCGCCGCCGCUACGAAUACGACCACUGGGACGCGGCCAUCCACGGUUUCCGAGAGACAGAAAAGUCACGCUGGUCCGAGGCAAGCCGGGCCAUCCUGCAGCGCGUGCAAGCAGCCGCCUUUAGCCCUGGCCAGACCCUGCUGUCCCCAGUGCAUGUGCUGGACCUGGAACCUCGGGGCUACAUCAAGCCGCACGUGGACAGCAUCAAGUUCUGUGGAGCCACCAUCGCUGGUCUGUCCCUACUAUCUCCCAGCGUCAUGCGGCUGGUGCACACCCAGGAGCCAGGGGAGUGGCUGGAACUCUUGCUGGAGCCAGGCUCCCUCUACAUCCUUAGGGGCUCAGCCCGUUAUGACUUCUCCCAUGAGAUUCUUCGGGAUGAAGAGUCCUUUUUUGGGGCGCGUCGGGUUCCCCGGGGCCGACGCAUCUCUGUGAUCUGCCGCUCCCUCCCUGAAGGGAUGGGACUAGGGGAUUCGGGGCAGCCGCCCCCAGCCUGCUGAACCCCCGGCUCUUUCCCCAACUUCUCAGAGACACCAUGUCGGUGAAUAAACUUGGAGUGUGGACAGAC